CGUUGGCUUCGUUGCUCUAUCAGUUACUACUACACAGUGCCAUAUCUUCUUUGGUUUGAAAGUUCAGACAUAAAUUUCCAACUUCACUUCCACUUCUUCUAAACGCAAAGAACUUUCUUUCUCUUUUUGGGUUAUCUCGUUGGCUGGUGUAUUGUAUAUUUUAGACUUUGGAAGAUGCACCAAAAACCAGAUGGCAAAAACCAUCCAGAACCUAAUGUGAAUAACAGCAAAGCAUACACAGUUCGUUCUCAACCCUGGUGGUGCAGCACACAGCAGGAUUCCAUUUCAACAGAUGUUUUAGGAGAAAGCAGGACAAACUUAUCUCCUGGAAAACACCCAAAUGGAGGUUUAGGGACCCAAACGAGUGAAUCUCAGCAUGGAGAAUUGACUGAUCAUAAAAUUUGUGGUAGUAAAGAAAUGUGGUUAACUGUAUUGCCACAUCCAGAUGGAAAAUGUGGUGAUGAACAGCCACAUUUACCGCAUGCUGUACCCUUUAUGCCUCCAACAAUGGGUGAAUAUGUAGCACCACGAACCCAGCUGGAGCUUGUUGGCCACUCAAUUGCAUUUCCAUCCUAUCCAUAUGCAGAUCCAUAUUAUGGGGGAGCAAUGCCUCCUUAUGGACCUCAAUCUUUGGUACAUCCUCAUUGUCUUGGAGUGCAUCCUGCUAGAAUGGCAUUGCCUCUUGAAAUGGCUGAGGAACCUGUUUACGUGAACGCUAAGCAAUACCAUGGUAUUCUGAGACGAAGGCAGUCUCGUGCAAAGGCUGAGCUGGAAAAAAAACUGAUCAAAGUUCGAAAGCCCUAUCUUCAUGAGUCUCGACAUUUACAUGCUAUGAGAAGAGCAAGAGGAUGCGGCGGCCGUUUCUUAAACACCAAAAAGCUUGACAGUGAUGCUUCUAAUGCCACACCUGACAAAGGCAGUGACACUAGUUCCAAUCUUUCAUCACAUCUUACCAACUUAUUAAGUGGCAAAUCAAUUUCCAGUCACAUGUCCCAGGAUGUCAAUUCAUCCGGUGGUCAUCGAGAAGUAACAGAAUCUGAAUUGCCAGGAACAGAUAUGCAGCAGGCAUUCUCCAUCAGCAAUGGCAAAAUCUACAUCAAUGGCAAUGGCAAUGGCAAUGUCCGCUAUUCCCACCAUCAAGGGUUUCAUUUCUCUACAUCUCGUUCACUUUCAGAUAAAAUGAUGGAAGAAGGAGACUGUCCUAGGCAGCAGCAUGAGAGAAUUGUGGCAAAUGCGGUGCCUCACAGGGCCCUAACAAUCAAAUGAACCUUCCAUCCUAAGGGGUGCACUGCCUCUCCUGCAUUGCCUUUGACAUGUAUUGUUAUUCAUGAUAAGUCUUUAAAUGCAUUAUGGAGUUAUUUAGUGUGAGCCCAUUGUUUCACCGUGUCAUGCUUCAUGGCAUCUUGUUGAAGAUCUUUCUUGAUCUCCCGCCAGUGGUAUGAGUUAGAAGGUGAAGCUGGAGUGCUUUGAUUCUAACCAUCUCGAGAGGGACGACCCUUAGGUUCAUGUCAUAUAUAUGUUGACAGGCAAAUCAUUCUUGGCUUGGCUUGGUAAUGUGCCAUAGAGGUAGAGUAGAAGAAGGGGCAUGCGAUUUGUAAUUGGCAUUUUGAGUCUUCUAUUUAACCUUUUCCUUUAAUGUGAAAGUAAAACAAUAGUAACAGUAGCAUCGUGUGAAAUGAAUGUGAUAAAAGGAAGGCAAAGCAGACUAACCUACUUUCUGUCCCCUCUUUACUUCCUUUUCAUUUCGCUCCCUUGGAUGUUUCCAGCAAAUAACAAGGUAGGAAUCGCCAUCAUGCCAUGGGGAUUAUGCCACAAUUAUUGUUCACUUUCCUGCAGAAAAGAAAGAUGUCGUUGAAGAUUGCCUGGAAGAAACAUUAGUGCCUGGGUGACAGGUAGAAAGGCCCGACCUGUAGAUGCAUGUGAAGAGGAUCUAAUCAUGUGACUGUCCAACAAUUUUCACUUUUCUGCAUCUCAAAGGGGUAAUAUAUACGGUGAUCGUGUCAGCCAACAAGCAUUUAAGGCUAACUCUCUACUAGGACCAGCCUCCUCUUCCUGAUGGUGGCAACUGUUGAUAGUUACUACGCUUUUCAUGACUUUGUAUGAUCUUCUUUUAGUUAAAUCUCAUGCAAAAUCCCUACUCCAUCACUUCCGAUAAGAAAGUUGAAAUUUACUUUAACUACAAUACCAACUGUUUGUUCAAAAUGGAUGCAAAAAACUACUGAUGAUCUUUUCACUUUAUAUCCUUGUUUUCAUUGAUGUUAUGACUAUAGUUUUUACCUCACUAACUUAAUUGAAUGAACCCUAGAUGGGAUGGAGAA